AAUGUACUGCUAAUUAUAAUUGCACUAGUAAUGACACUAAUGUAGUUUGCAUAUUUAAAAUUUCAAGUACUGAAUCUCAUUAUUUAUUGAAUCAAGGAAUAGAUACUAAAACAAAACUUAAUAUAAUUAGUAAUAAUAAUAUGUCAUGUGUUCAAGACUAUCAUGAUUCUCGUGUUUUGAGUUGUAACGGAGAAUAUAGUAACCUUACAAUUGAUUCUUGUAUAAGCAUUUGUAAGAAAAAGAGCGAUUCUGUAUGUGUUGGUGUAGAAGAUGGAACUCAAUGUUUCUGUGGUAAUGCAUCUCAAUGCAAUAAAUGGAAUGUUAUUUUAGAUAGAUCAGAAUGUAGUUCAAGUUGUGCGAAUCAUAAUUUACAAAUAUGUGGAGGUCCUUGGGCACUUAAUGUUGUUGAUAUAACCCCGCCUGAACCUAGGUUUACUACAUUAUCAAUAAUUAUAAUAAUGGUGGUAGGUUUCGUUAUAAUUUGUGUAGGUGCUGUUAUCUAUUUUUAUUGGAAAAGACGUAAUCGUACUGAGACCUUUAGUGCCUAA